ACAGGGCCAGUGAUGGACAUGCCAGUCCCUGCCAGCUUCAAUGACAUAACUCAAGAUCCAAAGUUGCGGAGAUUUAUUGGCUGGGUGUGGUACGAGAAGGAGGUGCUUCCACCAGCUCGCUGGCUCCUGAGAGAUACUGGGACUCGUAUUGUGCUCCGAAUUGGCAGCGCACACUAUUACUCUAUUGUGUGGGUGAACGGAGUGGAAGUCACUGAGCACGAAGGAGGACACCUUCCUUUUGAAGUGGAGAUCAGUGAGAUCUUGCAUAGAAGCCCCAAAGAGCCCUGCCGCAUCACCAUUGCAAUCAAUAACACUCUGACACCGCACACAUUGCCUCCAGGAACAAUUCAGUAUAUGGAUGAUGAGUCCAGGUAUCCAAAGGGCUACUUUGUUCAAAACACAAGAUUUGAUUUCUUCAAUUACGCUGGAAUUCACCGCCCGGUCUUGCUCUACACCACACCUUUGGCCUACAUUGAUGAUAUCACAGUAACCACGGCCUUGAAGGGAAAUGUUGGCCUGGUUCAUUAUUUGGUGUCUGUACGAGGAAGCUCAGACUACUUUUUAUCCCUGACUUUGUAUGACAGUGACCACGUUGCCGUAGCAACAGGAAACGGGUCAGCUGGUGAACUGAAAGUGAUGAAUCCUCUUCUGUGGUGGCCCUACUUGAUGAACAAACGUCCUGGAUACCUCUACUCCUUGAAGAUCACGCUCUCUGCCGCUGUGGAUGGCUCCAUCUCUGAAGACACCUAUGUGCAGCCAGUUGGUAUCCGAAUCCGUGGCAAGGGCCUAGACUGGCCUCUGAUCAUGAAGGAUUUCAACCUUCUGCGCUGGCUAGGAGCCAAUUCCUUUCGCACCAGCCAUUAUCCGUAUGCUGAGGAGAUCAUGGAGCUCUGUGACGCUUAUGGCAUCGUCGUGAUUGAUGAGAGCCCAGGAGUGGGCAUGCAUGACAGUCUGAACUUUGGAAACCAGUCCCUGCAACACCACCUUCUUGUGAUGGAAGAGCUGAUCCGGCGGGACAAAAACCGACCCUCCGUUGUGAUGUGGUCAGUGGCCAAUGAGCCAGCCUCAGAGUUGCCUGUGGCUGCUUACUACUUCAAGACCCCCCUCUCAUGUUCUCUGAGGAAUACCAGGCAGCUGUGCUCAAGGAGUACCAUGCUGUCUUAGACCAAAAGAGGGAGGAGUACGUGAUUGGAGAGCUCAUCUGGAAUUUUGCCGAUUUUAUGACAGAACAAGGAGUGACACGCGUCAUGGGUAACAAGAAAGGGAUUUUCACGCGCCAACGGCAACCGAAAACCGCUGCCUUCCUUUUGAAAGAAAGAUACUGGAAGAUUGCCAAUGAAUCCAGAUCUCAGAUGCCACCAGCCCCGUGCGGUGGUGCCUGCUUGCCCUAAGCACACUUCUCCAAGUGUGCUCAAUUUUCAUUUCAGGUAUUACAAGAGGCUUGUGUUUACAGAGGUUCUACGGCAGGGGCAUCAAACUCACGAUGACACAUUGUUGUCACGUGACGUAUCGCAAUAUUCCCCCCUUCACUAAACCAGGGAUGGGCGUGGCCAGCACGUGAUGCAUCCAGCUCAUGGGCCAUGAGUUUGACACCCCUGUUCUACGGCAAGAACAUUAAAAUACAGGUAACUUUUCUACAAUUAAAUGUCAAAGAAAAAAUGUACUGAGAUCAUGAAAUCGAAUCAACGAAGCCACUAGCACAGUGUUUCUCAACCUUGGCAACUUGAAGAUGAAUGCUGUCUGGGGAAUUCUGGGAGUUGAAGUCCUGACAUCUUCAAGUUGCCAAGGUUGAGAAACACUGCACCAGCAGGACUGGUGACAGAAUUUGGCAAUCAUAGGUUUCUUCUACCCUUACAAGGAGCCAGAGAAAAAGAUAACUGUGUGGACACGUUUCUCUGAUUUUGAAAAACAUUUGCACAUUUCUAAGGAUCAAAACAUUUCUCUGCCUUAUUAAAGUGUUUUACAAUCUUUUCAUCCCUUCUUGAAUACAUUUUAUUAAUUCUGUUUUGUACCGGGAACUAAAUUUAGGGUAUGCAGGUUUAUUAAGUGCACUUUUGAGGAGGGAGAAUGCCUGAGAAAAACUUUGCUCAAGAUAGUGAUACUCCCACGCUGCCUUUCAAGGCUCACUGUCAAUUCACCCAUAAACAUGAACAUGUCCAGAGGUAUCCCAGUAGUUUGUAGGAAAGCUGGAAAGCAAGGGCUUGAGCAGAGGGUUCGACUAGAAGAUCUCCAAAGUCCCUUCCAAUUCUGUUGGGGAUUCGC